UUGGAGAAGCGUGUGAAAUCGACAGAAACUGCAUUUCGAGUCAAAUGGUUUGCAGCCCUGGUCGUGUCUGUGAAUGCAUGAGAGGGCAUUAUCCCUCCGAAGACAGAAGAGGGUGCAUAGCCACUACGAGCGGGCUCUGUUUCGAAACUUCUGACUGCAACACUCUGCCUUCCUCAAGCUGCUUUAUCCUUGACCAGUUCGAAGGAACAUGCACGUGCAACGACGCCUACACGUCCAGUGAAGAUGAGCGGGAAUGUCUACCCGAUGCAUCUUUCCACGGAUCGUGCAGGGAAGCUGUGCAAUGCGUUUCGAGGCUCGGUUUUUAUGCUGUCUGCAGGGAGGGACAAUGCGAAUGUCAAAAUAACUAUCACUAUUCGAUUACGGAGGAGCGGUGUAUAGGGGAUGUCGGUUUGCUAGGGCCGUGUGUGAACACUUCGCAGUGCGUCACCCGGGGUGAGCAGAAUGCCGUGGUCUGUCUGGAUGGAAGGUGUUCAUGCUCCCAAGGAUACGAGCAGUUUCAAGAUUACUGCAGAGCUGGUGCACACAAAGCAGUGCUUGCCGGGACUACAUUUUUCCUGUACUGGAUUAUUAAAGCCGUCAUUACAUAAACAACUUCAACCAAUUCGACACAUCGCUUUGUCCACAAAAGUCAUCAAACCGAACCGGUCCACAACGGAACCAUUUUUCGGCGCCACUACAAUGAUCACUAAAAAUAAACAGGAUGUGAUCUGGUAUUGUUACUAAAAAAACGUCAGACGCUGUAUAUAGUUCAGAUGGCAGAAUUUAAGAACAUUCCUUUCCAUGUCAACCGAUUAAACAAGAUCUUGUGAUUCUACUAAGCAGCACCUCAAAUCAACACGACAGACAAUUUCAGAACAGAAAUAUUCAGUGCUUUAAAAAAAUAUGGUUGCUUCAGAUCGUAAAACACUGCUCCAUCAAUCAAGAGUUAUAACUUUUAUGCGAAAGAUUAUAAAAAAAAUCUGUAAUUUUUAAUACUGUAUUCUUUUAAUUGCACACUAAAAUGGCGACGGAACGAAAUAUA